GCCAUUACUUUUCCCCUCCUUCAAUCAUGGAUGUAACUGAGAGCCGUGUGGAAAAAAUGGAAUGCACAUACGCUGUGGUGGGAGGCGGAAUCGCCGGAGUAUCGUGCGCCGAAGGAUUGAGCUUCCUUGAUCCAGAGGAGAGCAUAAUUUUGAUCACCGCCAGCCCUUUGGUGAAAGCUGUGACGAAUGUAGUGCCGCUCGGCAAAACGUUGAUGCAUUUCGACGUGGAGGAAAAAAGCGUCGUAACUUUGGCUGAUGAGCACAAGAUGUUGCGAGUUAUCCAGGAUACCGUGGUGAAGAUCGACACGGUCGAGAAGCUAAUGGAGACUCGCAACGGGAAGAUCGUAAGUUUCAAAAUGCUGUGCCUCUGUACCGGCGCGAGGCCCAAAUUGAUAGCGGAGAGGAACGACUUCGUCGUAGGUAUUCGCGAUACCGAGUCCGUACUGCAAUUCUCCCGCAAACUGAGAAAUGCCAGAAGAGCCGUCGUAGUUGGUAACGGGGGAAUCGCUACCGAGAUCGUGCACGAGGUGAAAGGCGUCGAGAUGGUCUGGGUGAUCAAGGACAAACACAUUUCCGCGACGUUCGUCGAUCCCGGGGCCGCCGAAUUCUUCUUGAGCGGGAUAUCCCGGUCCGAUAAAUCGGAGGACCUCAGCACGGAUGCGCAACCGACCAAGAGAAUGAGGUACGUAGUGUCGGACAGCACACCGAUUGAGAACGGAGCCGCACUCGGUCCAGAUUGGCACAGCAGCUUCGACAUGAGCGGCGGUGCGCUUCUCCAGUCCACAAACGUGCACGUUGAGUACGAAUGCGAAGUGUCAAGGCUACUUAGCCCCGACGAACGGAAUGAACCCGAUUCCAAGGAAGAAUGGCCGAUCUACGCACAACUGACGAAUGGCAAGAUCGUCGGCUGCGAUCUUAUUAUCUCGGCGACGGGUGUCGUUCCAAAUUCCGACAUAUGCGGCUUGGAAAAUCUCGAGAGGGCCGAGGACGCUGGAUUGUCGGUGGAUUGGAAGCUGGAGACUUCGCAGAGGGAUGUCUAUGCCGCUGGAGACGUGUGUACCGCGGAUUGGCCGAAAGCGAGACACUGGUUUCAGAUGCGACUGUGGACGCAGGCACACCAGAUGGGUCGUUACGCCGCAAAGUCGAUGGUUUCGCGCUCAAAGGGUGAAGAUUUCCUGCAGGACUUCUGCUUCGAACUCUUCACCCACGUGACCAAAUUCUUCAACUACAAGGUUGUCCUGCUCGGUCUGUACAACGGGCAGACCCUGGGAAAAAAUUACGAGAUACUCCUGCGAAUCACCAAAGAACAAGAGUAUGUUAAAAUCGUUCUACAGGACGGCAAGAUGCAGGGCGCAGUGCUCAUCGGAGAAACGAACUUGGAGGAGAUGUGCGAGAAUCUGAUACUUAAUCAGCUGGACCUGAGUGUGUACGGAGAGGAUCUCUUGAAUCCUGACAUCGAUAUUGAAGAUUAUUUCGAUUAACGAAAUAUUCGUUAUUUCUCUUUUCGUUAAUGUGCAUCCAUUUUUUCUCUGUAAAUCCCGCAGUACUGAAUGUGUACAAUAAAAUUUCACUUAGUGCUGUGCA